GUGAUGGCGGCAAAGCCAUGGUCAAGGGAGGAGGGCUCGGAAAGGUAUAAAAUGGGGGCUCGUUGACGAGGUUGAGACGAGUCCUUCUUCCUCCUUUCUCUCCCACUUUCUUCAUCUCCCCAAGGACAAACACACAAAAGAGCACGAGGCACACUCUCCUAGCCCAGACGAAACCUCCCUAGUGAUACACGCCAUCCUCAGAGAACAACUAGUUACUUUGUCCUUGAGCCCUUCAUCUGCGGCCACAAGUCUAACUUGGCCUCGAGACACACACACACACACACACACACAUACACAUACAUACACACCUCCUAACAAAGCAUACUAUAUUUGUUUUGCCCCUGCCUUUCAAUCUUCCCAAGCCUACCUCACCAUGUCAUCCACCUACGCCCCGCAGUAUUACGCCACUGGCGCCCUCCCCAUCCCACCCAGCAAGCCGCAGUACCAGUACCCGGGCGGCAGCCAUCAGCCGUACUACCCGUACGGCGAUGACGGCGCCUACGCGGUCUCGCCGCCCGAGGACCUCGACGACCUGGACGCCUCGGCCAGCUCGACGUCGGGCUACGGCAACAGCUACUCGGUGGGCACCGUGACGACGACGUCGUCGUCGUCUACGGCGGCAGGCAGCAACAUCAGCGGCGGCGGCGGGCGGGUCGAGUAUGACCGCGCGAGCAGCAGCGCGGGCUCCGCUAGCGGCAUCGACCUCAACGAGUUCAUGCAGGAGCGGUUCGCGGCGACAUUUGACCCGCUCGCGCUCGACAAGUGUACCGCCAAGCAGGCGCAGACAUCCGGCCACCUGAACGCCAAGCAUCGCGAGCUGCUCGAGCUCCAGGCAAAGGCGCAGGCGCGCCUGGCCAAGACGCGCGCGCGGUUCGCCAAGGGGCUCGAGGAUGCGCGAGAGGUGCGCAACGAUCUCGAGUGGACGCAGAAGAAGGUCACAUCUCUCAAGGCCACGGCGUCAAGAAAGCACUCCAAGGAGUACGCAAGGGCGCGGGAGCGGUACCCGUCCCCGGACAUGUACUAACUCGGCGGCGGCGUGGAGCCCCCCGCUUACCGGUCG